CACUAUAGGGCUCAUGUGAUCUGUCACAUGACAGCGGAUCUGCAGAAAGGCAGAAUGGGCCCCCGAGCCUGCCUCCUAGGGCUCCUUGCCCUCUUUGUCGCCGGCAAAUGCAGUUACAGCCCGGAGCCUGACCAGCAGCGGAUGCUGCCACCAAGCUGGGUGUCUCUGGGCCGUGCGGACCCUGAGGAAGAGCUGAGUCUCACGUUUGCCCUGAGACAGCAGAACCUGGAGAGACUGUCCGAGCUGGUGCAGGCUGUGUCGGAUCCCGGCUCUUCUCGCUACGGAAAGUACCUGACCCUAGAGGAUGUGGCUGAACUGGUCCGGCCAUCACCACUGACCCUCCACACAGUACAAAAAUGGCUUUUGGCUGCUGGAGCCCGGAACUGCCACUCAGUGACCACACAGGACUUUCUGACUUGCUGGCUGAGUGUCCGACAAGCAGAGCUGCUGCUCUCUGGGGCUGAGUUUCAUCACUAUAUGGGGGGACCUGCAGAGACCCAUGUUGUAAGGUCCCCACGUCCCUACCGGCUCCCGAAGGCCUUGGCCUCCCACGUGGACUUUGUGGGGGGGCUGCACCGCUUUCCCCCCAUAUCAACCCUGAGGCAACGCCCCGAGCCACAGGUGCCAGGGACUGUUGGCCUACACCUGGGGGUGACCCCAUCUGUGAUCCGUGAGCGGUACAACUUGACGGCACAAGACGUGGGCUCUGGCACGACCAACAACAGUCAAGCCUGUGCCCAGUUCCUGGAGCAGUAUUUCCAUGACUCAGACCUGGCUGAGUUCAUGCGCCUCUUCGGUGGGAACUUUGCACACCAGGCAACGGUAGCCCGUGUGGUCGGACAGCAGGGCCGGGGCCAGGCCGGAAUCGAGGCCAGCCUAGAUGUGGAGUACCUGAUGAGUGCUGGCGCCAACAUCUCCACCUGGGUCUACAGUAGCCCUGGCCGGCAUGAGUCACAGGAGCCCUUCCUGCAGUGGCUCCUGCUGCUCAGUAAUGAGUCAGCCCUGCCACAUGUGCACACCGUUAGCUACGGAGAUGAUGAGGACUCCCUCAGCAGCGCUUACAUCCAGCGGGUCAACACUGAGCUCAUGAAGGCUGCUGCUCGGGGUCUUACCCUGCUCUUUGCCUCAGGUGACAGUGGGGCUGGGUGUUGGUCUGUCUUGGGAAGACACCGGUUCCGUCCCAGCUUCCCUGCCUCCAGCCCCUAUGUCACCACGGUGGGAGGCACAUCCUUCCAGAAUCCUUUCCGAGUCACAGAUGAGGUUGUUGACUAUAUCAGUGGUGGCGGCUUCAGCAAUGUGUUCCCACGGCCUUCAUACCAGGAGGAAGCUGUAGCCCAGUACCUGAGCUCCAGCCCCCACUUGCCACCAUCCAGUUACUUCAAUGCCAGCGGCCGUGCCUACCCAGACGUGGCUGCACUCUCUGAUGGCUACUGGGUGGUCAGCAACCAUGUGCCCAUUCCAUGGGUGUCUGGCACCUCGGCCUCUACUCCAGUGUUUGGGGGACUCCUAUCCCUGAUAAAUGAACACAGAAUCCUCAGAGGCCUCCCCGCUCUUGGUUUUCUCAACCCACGGCUCUACCAGAAGCAUGGGGAAGGACUCUUUGAUGUGACACGUGGCUGCCAUGAGUCCUGUCUGAAUGAAGAGGUGGAGGGUCAAGGUUUCUGCUCUGGCCCUGGCUGGGAUCCUGUGACAGGCUGGGGAACACCCAACUUCCCAGCUCUGCUGAAGACACUAAUUAACCCUUGAUCCUUUCUUGCUAGAAGAGUGGGCCUGUCCACUGCCCCACAGCCGGUGGCUCGGUCCCUGGUUCUGCACUGUUGGAAGCCCUGCUAAACCCUCAGCUGUUGACUGCCGCAGCUUAUCUCCCUAACCCAGAAAUGCUAUGAGCUUGACUUGACUCCCAACGCUACCUGCUCCCUUAUACUCAGGUCCCCCUGCCCCUGGCCCAGGUUCCUCUACAGAUGCUAUAACCUGCACUGUUUGGGAGCCUCCUCCACA